CUUCAGGAUCCGCUUUUUGAAUUGGACGUUUGAAGUAGGAAAUUAUCUAAAUUACAGGAGUCUCUCACCUCACCCAGACCUCAGGAAUGAGCCUAUUGUUUUUUUAGUUUGUAUGUGUCAGGAGAAGCAUCGCCUUCCCCCUCUUCCUAAUAGUUUUUUGGACAAAUCGGAAGCGUCUCUGAUCCAGCCUGCUCCACACCUGCGGUGCACCGAGCCUGCUGUCAGCGACCUGUGCGCCUCAACAUGGGGAACCCUUCGGCGAUCCUCUCAAUGAUCGGUGUCAUGCUGCUCUGGCCGAAUGUUCUCACCAGGAGUGUCUCCUCCAGACUGCAGACUGCAGACAGCACCUCUCUAUCUGCAGGACAGAGAGAAGAGCGCCCUCAUGUGGUGAAACGAUCAACACAGAAUUGCGGCAGCACGUUUGACAGCUACUGCAUGAACCAUGGCCAGUGCAUGCUGCUGGAGGACGGGCACAAACACCACUGCCAGUGUGAGAAAGGCUUCUCUGGCCCAAGGUGUAGCACCAUGCAGUUUGUGGUUCAGAAAGGGGAAGAUCAGAUAGUUGUCAUCAUUUUCUGUGUGAGUCUGCUGAUUAUAGGUCUGGCUGGAGUACUGUACUUCUUCUGCAAAUGGUACAAGAAAAACAAAUGUGGACGUCAACAGAAGCGGCAAGGUUACAAAGGAGUCCAGAUAGCUUAGACACACACGCACACGCACACGCACACACACACAGAGUAUCCAUCCACCCACUGCCAGUAAAGGCAAACUAGUAUUUUCCCAGUUUCCUAAAAGAACAUUUGAACACACCUUUGUGUCCUGGUGAUCUCACACUCAGCAGGUAUAAAGGAUGUCACUUCAUAAAGCCUGAAAAUCGGCACAAAGAGAUUAAAAAUGUGUAAUAGCUUUUGUUUAGAGCUGCACUUGUUCUAGUGUUACAGCCCCGGCUGCCCUAAUGUUUGAAACAUGAAUGGUGAAGCGCACAAAGACAGUUUCAGUGGGUGACAAUGAUUAUGGGGCAUGGAUAAAUCAUCACCCAAAUUUGAAAAACAUAUGCCUGAACACAUUUUAGGCAUAAAGCAACAUACAGUCAUUUCUGAACACUUGUCCAGGGUCUGUGCUUCUAUGGCAACAACCCAUUGUUUAACUGACUAAUGAACAUAAAAAUAAUCAUUGCCAUUAAAGAUUAAGCUGUAGCAUCUUUACACCAAGCCCUAUGUGUUAGCAGUCACUGCGAGAUAUGUUUUUAAGAUUAUUAUUUGUUUGAUAAUGCUGUCUUAACCAUCUAGCUGCCUCCUGUCUGCUGAUUUUUUUCUACAGUAAAGUUCUUCACAGUUCUACCAUUUCAGCAAUGUUAUGCUCAUAUUUAUGGUUUUUCUGUCUUCUGUUGUCAUGAUGAAUAUAUACAUUUAACAAAAACUGUAAUUAAACAAAUAUUUCUAUGUUUUAUUAUAUGAAAUGUGUUAAGUGAGAAAGAAUUUUGAUAAUUUAUUAUAAAGUAUUAAUGUGUAAAAUGGUUUCUUGUCUUGUUUUGGAAGCUCUGUUACUGCUACAAAAAUAAACUAUUUUGUGUUUCA